AUGCCUGUAGAUGAUGAUGACGAUGAAUGUACAGUUUGUUAUCAAAAGAUGAUCCUUCCUACAACAGUGCCUGGUUGUGGACAUAGAUUCUGUUUUUUGUGCAUCAAAGGAGCAGCUGCUAUUGGAAACGAAAGCAAUUGCCCUAAGUGUAGAGGGGAAGUAUCAGAUGCUAUAUUCAAACGCCCAAAAGCCCAUGGGGUCACUCUUGACAUGCAUGAUCCCGAAUCUCCUAGUGUUCAGUUGGCUGCAAAGCCAAAGGUACACCCAAAACGGGUGAAGAAAACAAACAGCGAUUCCGGUCCUUCUACAAAGAAAAAAGCCAAAGGUACAGAAAGUGGUGGUGGUGAUGAUGCUGAAGAAGAGAGUGCCAAGAGCGAGUUGGAUGAAUCUGAAAAGGAGCCUGGAGAGGAACCUAUGCCUGGCGAAAAGGAGAGAAUUUUCUGGCUUUAUAAGAAGUUUUACUCUACACUAUUUUCCCUAUUUGUCUUACUACAUGAAGAAGAUUUUAUGACUGUACGUAAAUGCAAAUUACAGGGUCGUAACGGUUGGUGGAGGUUCGAUCCAAGAAUAGAAAAAGACAUUGAAGCCGGACGAGAAGCAAAUCCAGACUCUACC